AUGGCGCUGGAGAACUCGGUCUUCCCCUCCCGCCCAGACUCCCUCUCGCUCCCUGUGGAGGAGAAGGGUGAAGGCGAAGAGGUGGAGGUGGCCACUGAGGCCACAGCCUCCACAGGAGUCUUCAACCUAUCGGAGGAGCUGGGCCACGUCGUCACCACAGAGACGGCGCCGUCCCCUCCGACUUUGGCCAAGGUCAGCAGGUCGUUCCAGUCCAAGCUGGCUGAGCGGGAGGCCAAUGCGAAUCAGCACAGGAAGAAGAUCCAGGGGACGGAGAAGGAGAGGGGACGAUUCGGGUGGGCCCGGACUCGGCGUAAGAGGCAGCGCUAUGUGGAGAAAAACGGUCGAUGCAAUGUGCAGCACGGCAACAUGCGGGAGACUUACCGCUACCUGACUGACAUCUUCACCACGCUGGUGGACCUCAACUGGCGCUGCUCGCUCUUCGUCUUCGUCAUGGCCUAUGCUGUCACAUGGCUCUUCUUCGGGGCCAUCUGGUACCUCAUAGCCUACUGCAGGGGUGAUCUGGACCAUCUGGAGGAUGAGACGUGGACGCCGUGCGUCAACAAUGUCAACGGCUUCAUCUCGGCCUUCCUCUUCUCCAUCGAGACAGAGACCACCAUUGGCUACGGCCACCGCGUCAUCACUGACCAGUGUCCAGUGGGCACUAUGCUGCUACUGCUGCAAGCUAUACUGGGAUCAAUGGUCAACGCCUUCAUGGUCGGCUGUAUGUUUGUGAAGAUCUCACAGCCCAACAAACGAGCUGAGACGCUGGUGUUCUCCAAACACGCCGUCAUCUCUCUGAGGGACGACAAGCUCUGUCUGAUGUUCAGAGUCGGCGACCUGCGUAGCUCCCACAUCGUAGGGGCCAACAUGAGGGCCAAGCUCAUCAAGUCCAAACAGACUCAGGAAGGUGAGUUCAUCCCUCUGGACCAGACAGACAUCAGCGUGGGCUUUGAGACGGGCGACGACCGCCUCUUCCUCGUCUCCCCGCUGGUGAUCUCCCAUGAGAUUGAUGCCCAUUCACCCUUCUGGGACAUGUCCCAGGCCCAGCUGGAGAAGGAGGACUUUGAGAUCGUGGUCAUCCUGGAGGGAAUGGUGGAGGCCACCGGGAUGACCUGCCAGGCGAGGAGCUCCUAUCUAGCGGAGGAGGUGCUGUGGGGUCACAGGUUCAGCCCGAUGAUGUCUCUGGCAGAGGGUUUCUUUGACAUUGACUACGGAGCCUUUCAUCACACGUUUGAGGUGGACACGCCCUCCUGCUCAGCACGAGAGCUCUCAUUGGCUGCAGCCAGGCUCGACGCUCACCUCUACUGGUCCAUCUCCAGCAGGCUGGAUGAAGAGCCCACCCUGGCCAACCAGGCAGCCAAGCAGCCGGACAGCGGCUCGGCCAACAGCAAAGGAGGGGAGCCGACCUUCAUUGUCGGGGAGAUGACUGACAUUCAGGAGCAAACGGGACUGGGCGAGCUGAACGGCAGCGUCGCCACUGACCAAUCCGAAUCAGAGGCCUAG